AAGCUGCAGGCAGCGGCAGCGGCGGCUUCAGCUAAAGCGCAGAAGAAAAAAAAAAAAUUCUUCAGCUGGACACGAGGACCCAGAAUUCUGGCCAUAGAAUCAGAACUUUUACAGACAGCGCUGUGGCAGGCCCUCUUUCCCUCCCCACAAGUCCUCACGCAACGUAGGGCUUUGCCUUUCCCGCUGAAGAAAGGGGAGAUAGGAGUUGCAAAUAGCAGCAGGUGCAAAAAAGGCGGGGUUCUCUUCUUUCCUAGAACGUAACCGGUGGAAUUGCUUUUCCCCUUUCAGUUUGACGCAGAAGAGGCGCUGACUUCAGAUUCGGAACUCAAAUGCUUCCUGAAGCUUGAAAGUGGAGGAAUUCAGAGCCACAAGGGGCAGGCAGAAGGUAAAGCUAGCAUUUAUUCUCUGAGCGCCAAGUCUCCGGCUUAUAAGGAGAGUUCUGCCCAGAAAGAGACUUCCUCCCUCCUGCCUGACUUAAGCAGGGCCCUGAGCCUCAGGAGCCUGCCACAGGACCCCGCUGCAAAGAGAGCCCCGGUGUACAGAAGGGAGGUCUUUGCUGCCUAGCUGCACAAUGGAUAAUGUCCUCCCUGUGGACUCAGACCUCUUCCCAAACAUCUCCACCAACACCUCGGAACCCAACCAGUUUGUGCAGCCGGCAUGGCAGAUUGUCCUUUGGGCAGCUGCCUACACGGUCAUCGUGGUGACCUCCGUGGUGGGCAAUGUGGUAGUGAUGUGGAUCAUCUUGGCCCACAAGAGAAUGAGGACAGUUACUAACUAUUUCUUGGUGAACCUGGCCUUCGCGGAGGCCUCCAUGGCUGCGUUCAAUACAGUGGUGAAUUUCACCUACGCUGUCCACAACGAGUGGUACUACGGCUUGUUUUACUGCAAGUUCCACAACUUCUUCCCCAUCGCUGCUGUCUUCGCCAGUAUCUAUUCCAUGACGGCUGUGGCUUUUGAUAGAUACAUGGCCAUCAUCCAUCCCCUCCAGCCCCGGCUCUCAGCCACAGCCACCAAAGUGGUCAUCUGCGUCAUCUGGGUCCUGGCUCUCCUGCUGGCCUUCCCCCAGGGCUACUACUCAACCACGGAGACCAUGCCCAGCAGAGUUGUGUGCAUGAUCGAGUGGCCAGAGCACCCUGACAAGAUUUAUGAGAAAGUGUACCACAUCUGCGUGACUGUGCUCAUCUACUUCCUCCCCCUGCUGGUAAUCGGUUAUGCAUACACCGUAGUGGGGAUCACACUGUGGGCCAGUGAGAUCCCUGGGGACUCCUCUGACCGGUACCAUGAGCAAGUCUCUGCCAAGCGCAAGGUGGUCAAAAUGAUGAUCGUGGUGGUGUGUACCUUCGCCAUCUGCUGGCUGCCCUUCCACAUCUUCUUCCUGCUGCCCUACAUCAACCCAGAUCUCUACCUGAAGAAGUUCAUCCAGCAGGUCUACCUGGCCAUCAUGUGGCUGGCCAUGAGCUCCACCAUGUACAACCCCAUUAUCUACUGCUGCCUCAAUGACAGGUUCCGUCUGGGCUUCAAGCACGCCUUCCGGUGCUGCCCCUUCAUCAGGGCUGGCGACUAUGAGGGGCUGGAAAUGAAAUCUACCCGGUACCUCCAGACCCAGGGCAGCGUGUAUAAGGUCAGCCGCUUGGAGACCACUGUCUCCACAGUGGUAGGAGUCCAUGAGGAGGAGCCAGAGGAAGGCCCCAAGGCCACACCUUCAUCCCUGGAUCUGAACUCCAAUGGCUCCUCUCGCAGCAACUCCAAGACCAUGACAGAGAGCUUCAGCUUCUACUCCAAUAUGCUGUCCUAGAGGGCAGGCCCUUAGCAAGGCAGCCACCACCAUCCUUGUUCUGCCUCUCUCAUGCAUGGGUAUUUCCUUGAUCUGGAAACCAUCAGAAACACCUGAACAUCAGAGCUUUGGGGGAAGAAUCAGAUGGUUUAGGGAAGACAUUUCAUCCUAAAGUCAAUCUGGAUUCUUCCAUCUUUGCCAUCCCCCAUCUGUGUGACCCAAAGCAAAUCUGAAUUUCUCUGAGCCUGUAAAAUGAAAAUAUUGCACUAGAUUUUACCUUCCAGUUUAUUCCAUGAUUCUAGAGAUAACUUCAACUGCAUGUGGGUGCUCAUUUCAGGAUG